GGCUGGUCGGGUUGGGUGUAGCCAUUAGUGUCCAGCAGACUUUGGUGGGGGGUGGGUGUGCUUCUCUCUUCACUCGCGCGUACUUUUUCUUGCAGUAAAUAGUAAAUAGUAAAUAGCCGGCAGAUCCACUACCAGCUGGGGAAGAAGACAACGAUGACCUCAGAUGAGUGACGACGACGACACGGAGGAUAACCACGACUUCUGGUCUCAGAUGAACGGCGACCAGAGGAUGGUUCCAGCAACGAGGCCCCCACCGAUGGCGAUGGACGACGACAGGAGGGAGGACGGUUCCAGCAGUGAGGCUUCCACCAACAGCGAUGGACAACCCCCUGGAAAUUUAUGGUUCUCUUUUGCAGAAUUGGCUCCUAGGAGUCUUAAGAGAAUAGUAGUGCUGAUGCUGCCAAUGUCCCCCAUCGGCCAGUGGAGAAUGAUUGUGCUGCUGGCAUUCCCCAUCGACCAGCGGAGAACGGUGGUGCUGCUGACAUCCCCCAUCGGCCAGCGGAGAACGGUGGUGCUGCUGACGUCCCCCAUCGGCCAGCGGAGAAUGGCGAUGCUGCCGCUGACAUACACCAUCUGCCAGUGGAGAAUGAUGGUGCCACUGUUGACAUCCCCCACCGGCCAGAGGACAGGGAUAUCUAACCCCAAUGAGAUGGUAACCAUCUGAUCAUCCACUUCCCGUCCCCUAAGUCCUUCAGGUGUACUGAAAACUACCCAUGGUCAAGCGGUGGCAUCCUGUGGACCAACCUUCAACAGUCGCUGUAGCGAAACCUCCUGACCACACACGACGUUAUCAUUCUCUCACACUCGUAUGUUUGUGUUGGAUGUAACAUCGUCCUGGGAAGUCGUCCGUUACACAGAUGUCCCAGGAAUAGAUGGCUGAGAAUGGAGCCCCCUGAACUACAACACCAACAACACCUGCGUUUUAGGUGCAAAAACGAAGGCUGUUAUGAGGCAUUCCCAUCCAAAAUAGGACUAAAGAACCAUAAGGAUGCACACCGCCGACAAACUGCAAGGGAAGCCCAGCGGCUUGGACUCCGCCUUCGAGGGCCCAGACUUCCACCUCCGGUGGAGCGCCCUCAGCCAAGAACACCACAGAUGGAAUGCCCUCGACCACGAGCUCCACCACAGGUGGAGCACCCUCAGCCACGAACUCAACAAGCAGAGCACCCCCAGCAACACGACAGUCCACCGCCUUCCUUAGCCCUUUCCCCCCUACCUCCUACCCCCUCCCCCCUCCCACACACUAAUGUACCUAGGAGAGAGACCCAGGCAGAAUCCCCACCAUAGUUCAACAAAAUUU